GUGUAAGGAUCCAACAUGGCGGCGCCCUACAUUAGUACUUACUAACAGGCUAACUUAGGACACAAUAACAGUUUAUUUUUUGAAAAAGCGUUUGGAAGAACAAGGAGCAAUAUGUUUCAAGAAACAGCUCAGUGUUUAAGAACAGCGGCUCCUUUUUUUUCUCAAACAGCCGUCUUGAAGGAUUUGAGCCGGUGGUCCACACAUGGAGGAGCGGGACACCUUCAGGCCCGGAGACACCUCAGCGUGAGCCGCUGUCUCUCCGCCAAAGCCCCCCCUCCGCGCAAGACCAGGGACAGACCGGAGAUCCCCGGGCUGCAGGUGGUCAGUUACGGGGAGAGGAUGCACUAUGUCCCGGGGCUGUCGAAGCCCGUCUACCCGCCGUGGGAGAGGGACUACAAGGACCCGAGACGGUACUGGUCCCCACCGAGACACGAGAUGCCGCUGUACAAAGACAAACCGUGCUACGUCUACAGCCAGAGGACCAGCCCGCUGGAAGGUGUGCAUCAGGCUCUGUGGUUGACCAAAACCAAAAUGAUCUCCGGUCUGCCGCCAUACAUCCUCUCACUGUCAGAGAAUCCUGCCAAUCAAAUUCCAGAUCAGGAUGAACGUGUGCAGAACGCCAUCAAACACGCCCGCUUCUGGGACACAACAGAGGACCGACCAAGCAAAGAGAAAUACAGCAACACUUUGCUCUUCAACCUGCUCCAUCUGUGCGCAACUCUACAGUCUAGCCACCCGGCCAUUGGAAGGAGGAUCCUUGCUGAGAAAUACUCGUUGGCAGCCACAUGGAACAGAGGAGAGGACCUGUUCCAGGUUAGGGGUCUGAAUGGUUUACUACAUAACUGCAUGGAUCCUCUUCCGGAGGUCUCUGGGAAACAGGAAGUGUCUGACACAGCGGAUCACGUCCUGGAAACCUUCUAUCCCGUCUCCCCCACCAUUGACCUGCAGAAAGUGCAUGUCUACAAGGAGGAUGUGAACUGCACAGGUUUCAGGGAUGACUACCCCUAUCCUCAUGCCCACACACUUUACUUCCUGGAACAAGCUGAUGCUCACUGGACGCUGAAGCCAGAACAGUUCAGAGCCAAGAUGCUCAUGUUCAGCUUUGGGAAUGCUCUGGUCCGCGCACGCAAACUGUACGGGACCCAGCCGCAGCGUGUUUUAGAUCGUCCUAUAACCAUACAGGCAGUGGGGACCAACGGUAGAAUUUUCCAGUUUAUGGUUUUCCAGCUCAACACCACAGAUCUCUCAGGAGACGACGGCAUCAAGAACCAGGUGUGGCUGGAUGAUGAUGUGGAGCUCUACGAUUUUGCAAAGGUCCGACCAUACAUCAAGAAGAAGCAAGUGAAGGUACCAGCUGGUCUGGCAGGAUAUAAGCCUGAAACAUUCAGCAAGUUCCUGUCCCUGUACCUGCACGGGGCCGUAUAGGACUACUCACAGUACUUUGUGUGUACUGUAUGUUUGUCUGUAUGUAUGUGUGUAUGUCUGACAUCUAAAAUCCUCUGUUCCUUUGAAACAGUCCAUGACCUGGCUCACAUCAUGUUACAUCAUCUGACUCCAUCCCUGUGUUUGUUCCUGCAGCUGUGAGGGUUCACCCAAUAAAAAACUCUUUCUGACGA